AUGGGUGGCUUUUACCUGCCCCAGGGGACAGCAUGCAGAGUAGAGACGCAAAGAAGGACAUUUGCCCCAGCUGGUUCACCGGAGCAGGUGACGUUUGAAGAUGUUGCUGUCAACUUCUCCGCGGAAGAGUGGUCCAUGCUGGAAGGCUGGCAGAAGGAGCUGCAUAAGGAAAUAAUGCUGGAAAAUUACUCUUUGCUGCUUUCACUGGGCCAUUCUGUCCCCUCGGUGGAGUUCUCCUCAUUAAUCUGCCCGCUCAAAGGAACCACGGACAAGCGCUGGGCUGGGUGGGCCCUUGGUCUGAUCCAGCAUGGCGAUGGCCGGGCCGCCUUCUCAGACGAUGUAGAGGAACCCUGGGACCUUGAGGACAUGAAUGACAAAGAAGAGGGGUGCCUGACCCCCACCAGCGAUGUGGACGGCGAGCGUCAGAGCAGCCUCCACCUUUGUGCGCUCAUGAAGCUUGUGAAGGAGAUCCCGGAGUUUCUCUACGGACACGCCAAAGCCAACACCGACCCUGCCACGCCCGCCGGCGGGGGUGAUGCUGAGGAGGCAGCCGGGGUGCCCGACAGCAGCGCACGGGUGGAGCGCCUGCGUCACCUUAGCCUGCAGGGCGAUUUUGCGGACGUCUCCCUGGCCCUGUCGAGUCGUCCAGACACACCUGCCAGUAGCGCAGAGGAAGAAUGGGGAGAGUCUCACAUUCGAGAUGUGGCAGCAAACACUGAGGUCGCUGUAGAAGAGGAUCUGGCACAAGGGCUGCUGAAGGGUGAGGCGGGAGCCCUUCUCAACAGGCCCUGUCUGUCCAGGACGCAGAACAGCUGCCCCCAAACAGGCAUGGAGUCGGAGGCUUGUGCCGCAGAUGCUGCAGCAGACACAACCUUGGAAAGAUCCCUUUCCCACAACCUGUGUACAAAGAAUCGAGGACAGGAGGAUGGAGCUGAGAGCAGGCCCGGCACGCCUCAAGCCCUGUCCAGCGACUGUGGAGAUCGUAGCACAGCCAGAGACGUGGGAUCAAGCAGAGCAACACCACAGGCUGGGGAGCACGUCCCUGCAGAAACGGCGGCUGAGGAGAAGCCCCUCCAGGGCUUGCUGAAGUGCCUGAAGGAGCUGAUUGUCCACCAGCCCCGUCGUUCCCAGCCGGCCUCCCGCAGACUGUCCACAGGCAGCUGGCAACAGGCCCCGGGGCGCAGGAGAAGGGAAGCCGGCAGCGGGUCUCCGCCUAUCCAAGUUAAAAUCGAAGCGACGGAAGAGGAGUCACAGGUCCAAAGCCCAGGAAACGUUGGGCCAGAAGGAUCUGGGCUCCCUGAUGCACCGUCAGGAAGCGCCUCCGCCUUCCAGGCUGGAGGAGGCAGGAGAAUGAACACACCGGCGGGGAAGGAGAGCGGCCUCUUUGCAGCAGUUAAAAUUGAGCCGACGACCAGCAGCCCCCCUCGACAGUCCCUGGGCAGACCCAGCCCUUCUGGGAGCCCCCCCGGAGCCCCGGGCAAGGAGAGGAGCGUGGAUGAGAACGGCGCCCUGGGCGUCAAAAUUAAAACUGAGGACGAGGAGGAGCUGCCCUUGCGGGGCCUGAAGGGAGCCCCCGAGGAGGAGGAGGAGGAGGAGGAGCCUUGCCCCCGGCCCUGCUUACCAGAUAGCGGCUCCUCCCGUGUCAGCCCGGAGGCCGGGAUGGAGCUGGGCCCCUGGGCCCCGUAUCCGGAGGGGUGGAGCCCGGCCACCAGCCCUCUGCACGGACUCCUGAACUGCUUGAAGGACAUCCCCGUCCCCCGGCCUCAUGCGUCCAAACUCCUGCCUGGCAAAAGAGGCGCGACAGCAGCAGCAGGAGCAGGGAAGGAGAGAAGAAAAGCGGGACGAAGGGGGAAACUCGAUCUGCGCACCGAGUGGGCGGCAACAGAGAAGAUGGGUCCCGGCCCGGCCCAGUGCCACACGCCUCCAGCACUCGCCAUCUGCGGACCUGGCGCCACUUUGCAAGGUUUGGAGAGGUGCUUGAAGGAGUUCCCCCCCAACGCGCGGAGCCAGCCCUCCUCACCGGCCGUCAGCUCCUCCAUCGGAAGCUCGCCGGACCGACUCUCCAGGUGGACGCCAGAGAGAGGGAAGUGGACAAGGAAGGAAGAGGGGCCCGUCCGGAACGGCACCCCUUUGCAAGGCCUGGAGAGGUGUUUGAAGGAGCUCCCACGCAGCCAGACCUCGUCACCGGCCGUCAGCUCCUCCUUCGGCAGCUCCCCGGACGGACUCCACAGGUGGACGCCGGAGGCAGGGCGAUGGGCCAGGAAGGAGGAAGGGCACAGCCGAAACAGCACCCCUUUACAAGGCCUGGAGCGGUGCCUGAAGGAGCUGCCUCCGAACGGACACAGCCAGCCCUGCUCGCCCGCCAUCAGCUCCUCCAUCGGCAGUUCGCCAGACGGACGGCACAGGUGGACGCCGGAACCAGGGAGAGGGGCCAGGAAGGAGGAAGGUCUCAGCCGAAACAGCACCCCCUUGCAAGGCCUGGAAAGCUCUUCGAAGGACCUUCCUGGGAUCGCAGGCAGCCGGUUCUUCGUUCCAGCAGGCGCCUCAUCCGUUGGCAGCUCUUCUGACCGGCAUUGCAAGCCAGAUGGGGGAGAACGGUCAGCAAAGAAGGAAGGAGCAAAUCCCUCAGGGAUCCCUCCCCUUCAAGGCCUGGAGAACUGCUUGAAAGAGAUCCCGGUGAGCAGGAAGUCCCUCCCGAACUCCGGCCCCGCAGCAAGCAACAGCUGUGCUCAGAAGCGGCGGAGACCGGAGGCCGCGUCGCAGAGGUUGUGGGCAGGAGGCAUUUCCGUGGACAGUCUUCUGCAAUGUCCCACGAGCGUCUCCGGUUCCGUGAACACAGAAGACGGCGUGGAAACGUCUCCCCUCCACAGACUGAUGAACUGUCUAAAGGAAAUCCCCAUCCAAAGGCCGAGUUACCUCAACACGCCGAGCGUCUCCUCUUCUUCCUCCAGCUGCAGCGAAACCGAGAGAGACCAGCAGAGCCCUGGCAGUGGGGCAUGGUGGGACUGCAGCCAAGACACGUGCCAAGGACCUGAGGCAGAUGAAGUUGUGGGGCAGAAGGGGGUGGAAUCUGGGAGGAGUCCGAGUCCGUCGCUUUGCCUUCCUUCAGAGGAGGGAAGGAGGGUUCCUUCCGCGCAAGAGCCUCAGCUUGUCGAAGUGGGCAACCAAGAGCCACCUGCCUCCCCCCUCCGCGGCCUGGAAAACUGCUUGAAGGACAUUGCCGCAAGCCCAUUACUCUGCUCCAACGUACCUCUUCCUGCCAAUGCCAACACCCAGCGGGACGUGACACCCGGGGAAUCCGAGGCAGCGAUUUCUGGAUUGCAUUCGUCGAAGGGGCUGACCGAGAGUAGCCCCCUCCAGGGCCUGCUCAGGUGCCUCAAGGAGAUCACGGCCAGGAGCCCCAGUCCAUGCAGCUCGUCGGCCAGCAAUGCGCAAGGGGAGCCGAGGCGCAAACACGGGGAGGAGGAGGAGGAGGAGCCUGAUGCUGGAAGGGCGUCCCAGGAAGGUCCGGGGAGCAGUCUGAAGGAAAGGCCCAUGAACACCGUCUCCCCUGGUAGCCCACGGAGGGAGGCUGUGAAGAGGAGCCCACCCGCUGAGGUUGGCGGGGAUGCCGGAGGACUAACGUGGGAUACUGCGCUGUCAAAGCAAGGGGAGCAUCUGCCCAUUGGACUGAUCUUUGUGGCCAAGCCGGCACCGAAAAGAGUGCCACGCCGGGGCCAGGUGUACCUCCCGUGGGAGGCCAUCCCGGAGUUGGGGAGCCACCCCAGAGAAGGCCCCCUCUUUCAUAAAGGUGAAAUGUGCUCCUGUGAUGGAAGAGGAGCUGCCUCCAGAAACCCGCCUGUCUGCGGUGUGGGGAUCGGAGCCGCGUGCGCCUUGAGCAGGAGGUCGCCCGCGCUCAAGUUUGGCGCUCCCAGACGGAGUGAUUCCACCUCGCCCAAGAGUGGGAUGAAAAGAGCCUUCGCGGCAGCGAGGGCCGAUGACGGCCCAGCCCCAGGGUUCAAAUCCCGAGGUGAGGUGGAGUCAGGAAACUUCCCCAAGAAAAGGUGCCACAGCCUGGACCCGCCUUCACCUCUCUUGACUUGGGGGAAUGGGAAGCCGCCGGAGUGCAGGGCUGCGCUUGGCGACCUGGGGCCUCUCCUGUCCACGAAGCUGGAACGCCUUUCCACGGACAUGACCGCCAUCUGCAGGGACGUCUCCCGGCUGCAGAGUCACAUGGACCGGCUGGAGCAGGACGCCCGGAGCUGGGUUCUCGAGCUGGCUGCCCUCCGCAUGGAAAACCGGAGCCUGAGCGAAUACGUGAGGCGGGUGGAAGGCCGCUGCCGCACGCUAGAGAACCGCUCCCGCCGCAACAACUUGCGCCUGCUGGGCUUGCCGGAAGGAGUCGAGGGCAGCGACGCCGUCUCCUUCUUGCGGCGAGCUCUUCCGGCAAUGCUGGGCUCGGCCCCAGACGCCCCGGCCCUGGAGAUCGAGAGCGCACGCAGGGUACACGGGGGCGCGUCCUGGGAUUCCAACGGCAGGCCCCGCCCGCUGGUGUUCCGGCUGCUACGUUUUGCCGACAAGGCGGCCAUUUUGCAGGCGGCACGCACGCGGCCCCUCAGCUACGCCAGCGUGCAGGUCACCAUUUUGCCGGACUUCUGCUCCUCACUCUCUCAACGUAGGCGGGUCCCGUUCGGGACGUUCCGGAGGACCAGGUGGGUAGCAGACCUGUGCUUUGGCCCGCGGCACUCCUCCGGUUGCUACGGCUGGGCUGAAGGACCGCGGGAGCCUCUCGCCCACUCUGGGCCCCUCGCGGGCCAGAAGGAAGGCAGAGCUUCUAAAGGACCGGGGACAGGAAGCUGGGACACAGACCCAUUACCAGGCCCGGGGCAUCACGGUGCGUGCCGUUCUGCAGGGAGCUGUGAGCAACACAAGCCGUGA